UCCUGGAGCUGCAACCACCAUACAAAUGGACAGAUCUAUCUCCUCUUCUAGUUUCUACGCUCGUUACAAGUUAGCUGGCAUCAAAACCGGCAUCUACAAUCCUCGACUUCCAACAUUUCGCCGUAUGGACAUGGACGAUGCUGCCUGCCGAAUGUGUGAUGAACACAGCAGGACGACAACGUUAUGCUCGCAUGAGGAGAUGGAAGCUGCGAAGGUAACAACAGCAGCCAGUGGUGCAGACAAGCUAUGCUGCCAGGAUAUCACCGAUACCGGCAAAUCUCUACGAGACAAAAUCCCCCUUCUAGACGAAAUUCCACCAUUUAAUUGGCAAAGCUACCUGACAGCUCCAAGUUCUCUAGGAAAUAAUCAGAAUGCCACGCCGCAAUUCAAUGGCUACGUCCUGCGUCGAUUUUCUCCAGCAGUUACCAGCUCAUGGAAAUAUUGUCUUCGUCAAGAGCCAGGCAUUGACAAAAGACAUAAAAUACCACGACCUGUUCCAGCAACCAUCUACAGCAGACACAGGGAUAUCUUCACAACUCACAACAUAUCUGUUAUGGCCUGGCACUGAAGGGUAACAAUAACUGCUGUUAACGUUGACUAGAGGUAUUCUAUUUGAUAUUCCUCAUUGAUUCUACUACUGUACUGUUAACAUAGAAUGAGAUAGUGAUGUAGUCUAUUUAUGUACAUGUUACUUUCCCAAUGAUUUGAAUAAAAUACAUGUGCUGAUACCCAA